AUGCAAAAGUGGGUGGAUUUAAGCAACCCUUUUCAACAUAUUGACAAAGUGGUGCAAUCACCACAAGAUGUUACAAAAAAUCGGUUGAGACUUACAAGCACAAUUGAGUCCAUUAGGUAUCUAGCAAAUCAAGGAUUGGCUCUUAGAGGUAAUGAUGAAUCUUGUGAGUCAUCAAAUUGGGGAAAUUUCAUUGAGUUGAUAAAAGCCUUUUCAAGAAUGAAUGUAGAAGUUGAAAAAGUCGUCUCAGAGAAUGCUCCUGGAAAUGCGAAAUAUAUUGCAUCAACGAUACAAAAGGAGAUCCUAAAUAUUAUUGCUAAAAAAGUAAGGAAGAAGAUUCGUGAGGAAGUUGGAGAGGAUGGAAAAUUUUGUAUUCUUGUUGAUGAAGCACUUGAUGAAUCUAAAAGGGAACAAAUGACUAUUAUCCUAAGAUUUGUUGGUCGUGAUGGGUUUAUUCGAGAACGGUUUUUUGAGAUUAUAAGUGUUCGUGAUACUAAUUCCUCAACUCUUAAAACUGACAUUUGUAAAGUGCUUGGUAAACACACUCUUUUAGUUAAAAAUAUGUGUGGCCAAGGAUAUGAUGGUGCUAGCAAUAUGCGUGGUCAAUGGAAUGGCUUACAAGCAUUGUUUCUCAAUAAUUGUCCAUAUGCAUAUUAUAUACAUUGCUUUGCUUAUCGCCUCCAACUAGCAUUAAAUGCUGCAGCUAAAGAGGUAGGAGUUAUUUGGAGAUUUUUUUCAAUGUUGAAUAAUAUUGUGAAUUUUGUUGGUGCUUCUGCUAAAAGUCAUUCUGAGUUGAAAUUAUCUCGAAAAGUUGAAAUUCAAGGGUUGUUAGAGGCUGGAAAACUUGGAAUGGGUACAGGGGCUAAUCAAAUUCGUUGUUUGCAACGACCUGAAACUACUCGUUGGGGGUCUCAUUUUAGUUCUAUCAGAAGUUUGAUUGAUUUAUUUGGUGCAACCAAGACACUUCUUGAUGAAAUAGGUCGUAAUGGACCUAUAUCACAAUUUCAUGGGGAAGAUGAGAGUAUUUAUAUUGCCAUGAUGUCGUUUGAAUUUAUUUUUUCCUUACUUUUGUUGGAAAAAACUAUGGGAUUCACAGAUUUUCUUUGUCAAUCACUUCAAAGCAAAUCUCAGGACAUUGUAAAUGCUUUGAAUCUUGUUUCAAGUACAAAAAUGAAGUUUGAUGAGUUGAGAAAUAAUGGUUGGGAUGAUUUUAUCAAAAGUGUGCUAUCAUUUUGUGAACAACAUGACAUUAGUGUACAUGAUAUGAGUGCUUGUCAUAAAAUGGGUAGAGGUUGUUCUUGUCAACAAUAG